AUGUACUUCCCCUUUUUAGGCAGAUUAUCAAUAACGGAUUAUAUCAUAGUCGUCCUAGUGUACAUCGAAAGUAUUAUCUCAUCAGUACUUAAACUUAUACCACAACCAAUGAUUGGCCUUUUCGAAUGGUUGAUCAACUUCUCAACGUGUUCUGAUGACAAUACCAUCGAAGAAAAGCUAAGGGCUGCCCCAACCAUCCAUGAAAUGUGUGCAAUUUUUGAUAUCUCUGUUGAAGAUCAUUUAGUAAGAACUGAAGAUAAUUACAUCCUGACAUUGCAUAGAAUUCCACCAAUUUCUAAAAACAGGUUAAACAAUAAGGUGGUGUACUUACAUCACGGUCUUUUGAUGUGUUCUGAUGUUUGGUGCUGUAAUAUUGAGAGACAUAAAAACUUACCGUUUGUAUUACACGAUUUGGGCUACGACGUUUGGAUGGGCAAUAAUAGAGGUAAUAAAUACUCUACCGCUCAUUUGAACAAACCACCAAAAUCGAGAAAGUUUUGGGAUUUUUCUAUUGAUGAAUUUGCGUUCUUUGAUAUCCCAAACUCUAUUGAGUUUGUUUUGGAUAUAACAAAAGUAGACAAGGUUAUAUGCAUCGGAUUUUCUCAAGGCUCAGCUCAAAUGUUUGCAGCAUUUUCAUUAAGUGAAAAACUUAAUCAAAAGGUCUCUCAUUUCAUAGCUAUAGCCCCUGCAAUGACUCCUAAAGGUCUGCACAACAGAAUUGUCGAUACUUUAGCAAAGUCGUCGCCCGGUUUUAUGUAUCUUUUCUUCGGUAGGAAAAUUGUCUUACCUUCUGCAGUCAUUUGGCAAAGAACUUUACAUCCAACACUUUUCAAUUUGUGCAUUGAUGUAGCUAACAAAAUCCUCUUCAAUUGGAAAUCCUUUAACAUACUACCAAGGCAAAAAAUUGCUUCCUACGCAAAACUUUAUUCAACCACCAGUGUAAAAUCUAUCGUUCACUGGUUUCAAAUAUUAAGAUCCCAGAAAUUUCAAAUGUUUGAAGAAUCUGAUAAUAUGCUAAAUUCAUUGACUAGGCCUUACCAAAUUGCUAAUUUUCCUACCAGAACUAAUAUUAAAAUUCCCAUUCUUUUAAUUUAUGGCGGUAUAGAUUCCUUGGUUGAUAUCGAGGUGAUGAAAAAGAAUCUACCUUUCAACUCUGUCUUUGAUGUAAAGGUCGACGAUUACGAACACCUGGAUUUGAUAUGGGGUAAAGACACAGAUACUUUAGUAAUAGCAAAAGUUUUAAGAUUCAUCGAGUUUUUCAACCCCGGGAAUGUUUCAUUGAAAACCAACCAGUUACUGCCAUCUGCAAAUUUGGUUGAAGAAUUGCCAAGUACAACAUGGAAGACAUCUCACCAAACACAUGGUUUUAGCUACAAAACUCAUUCGGUAGAUCGUUCUCCUUUGUCUGUACAGGCCGAUGAAGUAGAUGAAAAUCCCACCACUGAUAAUACUAGGUUCUUGAGACGAGUGUUCUCUACUAGUGUUAUAGACGAGGACAACGAAAAUGAGCAUCAAGAUGGUACAGAGGAUGAAAUUCAUAAGGAGCAGCAAAGAAGAUUGAGCGCUUAUCUAGAGUCAUCUAAUGAUCUACGACAAUUAGACGCCAACUCUUCAACGACUGCACUAGAUGCCUUAAGUAAAGAAUAA